AUGUCCGACGAGUUCAGGCGCUCGAUACUCAACCGCCUUCCGCCCAUGGCGCCAACUCGCGCGCCAUGGGCCGAACCUAUCGACGACGAUGAAGAGGAGGAGUUGGACCAAGUCGGCGACCUCAAGUCUCCGCCCAUGAAGAAGCUGGAACCGCUCAGCGCGUCCGACUUCUUCACCCAAGCGCUGGAAGUCGCCCCGCCAGGAAGAGAUACUACUUUCCGCGCGUAUCUCUCUCCUCCCACUGCCCCUCCCGCUCAGAACCAGAGGAACAAGCAGGGAAGUUACCUCUUCUGUCAUCACGGUGCUGGGUCUGGCGCACUGAGCUUUGCGCCUCUCGCCAAGGCGGUUACUGCUAAAAGCGGAGGAGAGUUGGGCGUAUUCGCAUACGAUGCGCGCGGGCACGGUAUGUCCUGCAAGAAGAAGGUGCUGAUGGAAGGCAAGACGCAAAGUGGUAACGACAAGGAUCUCUCCCUGCAGACACUCCAAGCUGACCUGGUCGCUGUCGUGCAGCAGAUGUGGGACGAUGCCAAAACCGCGCCGGCAUUGAUUCUCCUUGGUCAUUCUAUGGGUGCCGCGCCCAUCGUGAACGCUGCCCCGGUCCUGCAGGAAUUAGGGUAUACGAUUGCCGGUGUGGGAGUGCUCGAUGUCGUCGAGGGUACUGCGGUCGAGUCACUGCAUCUCAUGAAGGCAAUCUUAUCCAAGCGGCCAACUGAGUUCAAUUCGGUUCCAGAGGCCAUUGGGUGGCAUGUUACGUCUGGGACGAUUCGGAACGAGACAAGUGCGAGGGUUAGCGUCCCGUCUAUUGUUGUGCCGGAUGGGAAUAAGGUGGUUUGGAGGACGGAUUUGAUGGCUACCGAGCCGUACUGGGAGCAAUGGUACGCUGGCCUAAGCCAGAAAUUCCUCGCUGUCAAGUGCGCUCGCUUCCUCUGCCUUGCCGGACAGGACCGGCUGGACCGCGACCUCAUGGUCGGCCAGAUGCAGGGCAAGUUCCAGCAAGAGGUCAUGCAGGAUGUCGGGCAUUAUUUGCACGAGGACGAUCCAGACACUCUCGCCACGACCUUGGUCACGUUCUGGCGGCGCAAUACAACCGUCCUCGUACUCCCGCCCAAGAUUGGGGCGAGUCGUGUUGAGGUCAAGCAUGUCGGACAGCAGUAG